CUUUUUAUGUAGACCAUGGAUUCUUAUGAUGCACCAGAAUUGACUCUUAGACAAAGUGCAUUCUCAAGGCCUGAAGGUAUUUGUGCCACCCCUCUGCAGAAACGAUUGGAGUCAGUCAGGAAGCAGACUUCAUCUGUCCCGACUCCACCCCGAAGGAGAAUUCCUCAAUGUCCACAAGUGCAGGAAGAUGUUGAUCCUCAAAAGGUUGCAUUCCUUCUGCAUAAACAGUGGACUUUAUAUAGUUUAACUCCACUGUAUAAAUUCUCUUAUACUAAUCUCAAAGAGUAUUCUAGACUUCUAAGUGCGUUUAUUGUUGCUGAAAAACAGAAAGGACUUGCUGUGGAAGUGGGAGAAGACUUAAACAUCAAAGUGAUUUUCUCCAUUCUUCUAGGAGUGAAAGGAACACAAAGGGACCCUGAAGCAUUUCUUAUCCAGUCUCACUCUUCAUCCCCCAGGCUGGAGUACAGUGGCAUGUCACUUGACCUGCUGGGCUCAGGUGAUCCUUCUGCCUCAGCCUUCCAAGUAGCAGGAACUACAGAUGCAUGCCACCAUGCUUGGCUAAUUCUGUCAAAAUCUCAAUUCCCAUCUGAGAACAGAGAAGGUAAAGUGUUGUGGACUGGUUGGUUCUGCUGUGUAUUUGGAGACAAUCUUCUGGAGACUGUUUUAGAAGAUUUCACCUGUCUACCCUUAUUUCUUGCAAAUGGAUCAGAGUCUAAUACAGCCAUAAUCAGAACUUGGUUUCAGAAAACCUUUGACUGUUAUUUCAGUCCUUUAGCAAUCAACGCGUUUAAUCUUUCCUGGAUGGCUGCUAUGUGGACUGCGUGCAAAAUGGACCAUUAUGUGGCUGCUACUGAAUUUCUUUGGUCUGUACCCUGUAAUCCUCAAAGUCUGAACAUUUCUUAUGCAAUACACCCGGAGGAUGCAAAAGCUUUGUGGGACAGUGUCCACAAAACGCCUGGGGAGGUUACCCAGGAGGAGGUUGACUUGUUCAUGGACUGCCUUGGUUCGCAUUUUCACAGGCAUUUCAAAAUUCACUUAUCAGCCACAAGAUUGGUUUGUGUUUCAACAUCUGUCGCUUCAGCCCAUACUGACGGGAAAAUAAAGAUUCUGUGUCAUAAAUACCUUAUUGGAGUGUUAGCCUAUUUGACAGAACUGGCAAUUUUUCAAAUUGAGUGAGGCCUUGUGUGGACUGUAACUUACGGAUGACAUACCCUUUGUCAUGAAUUAUUUGCCUAAUUGCUA